AUGUCGUUCGAGGAAGAAGAGGAGGAGGAGACAUUCGAGCACACACUUCUCGUGGUGCGUGAGGUCUCCGUCUACAAGAUCCCGCCGCGAACCACAUCCGGCGGAUACAAGUGCGGCGAAUGGCUUCAGUCCGAUAAGAUCUGGUCUGGUCGACUCCGCGUCGUAUCGUGCAAGGAUCGCUGCGAGAUCCGGCUGGAGGAUUCGAACUCCGGCGAUCUAUUCGCGGCUUGUUUCGUGGAUCCCGGCCGGAGGGAGAACUCUGUCGAGCCGUCUCUCGAUUCGUCUAGGUAUUUCGUUCUCAGGAUCGACGACGGGCGUGGGAAGUAUGCGUUUAUCGGGCUAGGAUUCGCUGAGAGGAACGAGGCGUUUGAUUUCAAUGUAGCCUUGUCGGAUCACGAAAAGUACGUGAGGAGGGAGAAAGAGAAGGAGACAGGGGAAACGAGCGAGAGCGACAAUCACAUUGAUAUCCAUCCCGCCGUUAAUCACAGGUUGAAGGAAGGCGAAACCAUAAGAAUCAACGUGAAGCCCAAACCAACAACAAAUGGCACUGGGAUGCUCUCAGCUGCUCUUUCGGGAAACGGGAAGCCUAAACCUUUAGCACUUGCUCCACCACCAAAUGCUGCUGUAAAAACCCGGUCUCCUUUACCGCCUCCUCCGAAUGAUCCCGUCACUUCAAGGAUUGCAUCUGAUGCUCGUAAGGAACCAACGGAUAACACAAGGCGCAGGAACGACCCUCUGUCUGAUCUAUCUCAGCUCAAGAAGAAUCUUCCUUCAACAGCGGGAUCCGGACCGACCAAGUCAACAGGAGCUGGUUGGGCAGCUUUCUGA